UGGCUCACGACGCUCGUGAGCCGCGAAAAACGAACAAACGAAUAAACGAACGAACGAACGAACGAACGAAUUCGCCCGGCCGUCACUCGCGCGACACAUCGUGAUCAGCCUUUGCCUUCGCGUAGUCGUUUCGUCUCGCGUGCCAAUUAUAUCGGCGGUCCCGAUAGAAAGCGAUCUGUAAGACCGUUGCUCUCCGGGCGAGCUCUUUUAAAAUUUAUAGAACGCACGGAGACGGGGAAUACGCGCGAGACGAAGAAGAGGGGAAGAAGAAGAGAGUAUAACACUUACCGCGAGUAACGGUGAUGACGAUGAUGACGCUUCGACAACAGUGACGGACAGAUCCCGGCGCCUCGGCGGCCUCGUCAUCGCGGGAAAUCAGGGGAAAUUGCGACGACGAUCGUCGCGAGAGAGUGGUUUCGCGACCGGUAGUGCGGCGAGUGAUCGAUCAUCUUCGAUCCGGUACGCGGAGUGUCGUCGGCGACGCGCGCGCGAAUCGAUAACAUCGCGCUCCAGUUUUCGAACGUUAGAUCCGCGAAGUUAUCGCGCCUUGAAGUUGGCGGCGAGUGUGAGUGCGAUGCCUCGCGCCGAUACGGUUAGAAUUCGGUGCGCUGGACGAGCGCGCGCCUCCGCGCAAGGAUCGCGCUGCAUUUUCCGAAAAAUCACGAAUGUUUGAAUGUUUACAUCUGAGAUUUGCUGGAUGUAAAAUUCGCGAACGAGAAAGUACGAAAAAUAAUCGAUAAUCGUUGGUUGAAUGCGCCGAGGAGUGAAUCUUCUGAUUUCAAGUAGUCGAAUCGAAUCGAGUAGCUGAAGUGAAGUAGGCGAUUGUACGUGAAAACUGCGAUGUUAUAAAGGCACUAAAUGAUAAAAUAGAAUAUUUAUUGCUAAUUGUAAUGAAUUUUAAUUAAUUCACACGCAAAAUUGUCUCGUCUUUUGAUUUGAUGUAGAGAGUGAAUCUCUCAUUCGAAACGAAUCCGCGACGGCAAACGACCAGCGCAGUACCAAUCCAUCGACUCGAUCGCGGAAGUAAACAAGUGCAUCGGCGUGAGUGAAAAGAGCGCGUUUUCUCCUGGAAAAAUCUCGCGUCGCGGACGAGCAAUCCAAGAUUCGUCACAGGGAAAGAUCGAUAAACAGCGAAGAUGGGGGUGAAGAAUUUCAUCAUGAAAAGGAUUCCCUUCUGCAAGAUGAAGAAGCGGAAAUAUCAUGGCACAAACGGGACGACGGCGCCAGUACAAAAUGCGGCCCAGACGGACCACCCAGCAGAUUCCGACAACGCCAGCGUCGGAAGUGGCAAUUCGAAUCUCAGCACUGGUGCACUUCAGAAUGUUAGAGAACAAAUGGCAGCGUCUCUGGAAAGGAUGAAAGAGCUGGAGGAACAGGUCAAGGCGAUUCCCAUGCUGCAGGUGCAGGUCUCGGUGCUGAAAGAGGAGAAGCGCAAUCUCCUGCGGCAAGUGGACGAGCUGAACAAAACGAAUUCCCAUAACGACACCCUACACAGGCAUCGCAGCCAGUCGUUCUCGGAACCAUGGGUUGGCACCCUACAGAACUCCAAGUGUCCCAAUGUCACGAAUACCAGGGACAUGGGAACUAUGUGCGGCGUGAUGACGAGAGACGUCGGAGUGUCGCAUCAACAGGUUCGAACGAGGGACGUCGGCAUGAUAACGAGCACGCCGAUCAAGCCGUUGCUGCAGAAAAGCCGGUUGCGAAUCGAGGAGAUUGUGCCGGAGAUCCAGGAUCAGAGCACCGUGCUGGAGGACGGAACCCCGUCGAGCCUCUCGAAACUCUGCGACUCCGAGCGUCGUUGGAAGUCAAGCCUGACCCGUAGCGGGCUAAUGCUGGAGGAGAUCUCGCCGGGAGCGCAAAAGAGGCACCUGACGAGAGCUCCGAUCCAAGUGAAAUCGAUAGCGCCCGACGAGAGUAAUUUAAAUUGCACUUGCAAAACGAUGAAAAAAAUGCGGGACUUUGGCACAAAUACGAAAAACAAAUCCAAGAUUCUUCAGUACAGUCACUUCCUGAUCGAGGACAUCGCGCCGGAGGCGAAGAGGGAAGUCAGAAAACGUUCCUGCGGUACUGCAACGAGUGUGACGAUGGAGACCAUCCUGACGAAGGACGACGCCUCGGCACUCGUUGCAAAUGCUCUGAGGAGCUAUAAAUCCUCCCUGGUGAAGGACACGACUUCCACGGGCAGCCAAUGCACCCCGGAACCCCCGCGGAUCGUCGAGAAGCGAGAUCAGACGGUGCAGGUGAACGAACUGUUUCGAAUGCGCUCGCACGUAGGCGUGACUGUCAAACCGAUCGUGGCGGACGUCGGGACCGAGGUCAGACUCGGACCAAGCACCAAGAACAUGUGCGUAGGACCGGAUCCGGUGGCGAUGCAACCGCCGGUAUCUCUGAACCUGAUGAACUCGAGGAGUCGCUCGUUCAACUACGGCGACACGAGGCUGAAGACGCCAGCCAGCAAAUCGGUAGCAGUGAUGGUGGACGACCUGGUGAGGACUGCUGCUCGUGGCACCGACACUUCCGGUCUCGCGCCCAAGUAUCGAGAGUUCGGCACCUCGACGAUGAAGAAGAAGUACGUCGACGUGUCGGUUGGCGAUUCCGUGAGGCCACACAUAUCAAUUUCCUGCGCGGCGAACUAUUGCGAUAACUGUAAGGAAACGAUCAAGAGCCUGGCGAAGCAAAUCGCGAACAAUGCGGAAAACAGCUUAAAUCAUCAGAACACUAACAUGGUGUCGAGGAUUCCGAGGCCGUCCCAUAUUCCUCUGAACGAGCAUAGGCGACAAUUCAAGCGUCAGGACACGUACACGAAGAUACCUGCCGCCGGGGUGAUAAGAUACGACACGGACAACAAGGAACAGUACGACAGCAGUAAUCGCAUUCAGCAACUGCAGUUCGAGAAGAGCAAGGAUGAGAAGACCGUGUCAGAAGAGAUGUGCAACGUGGAAAAGGGAGCGGAGAACAACGAGGAGAAGUCCGAGCUACCGGAGUCAGCUCUGUUCCAGCCGAUUCAGGAUAAGCCCAGGAAGAAGGUCGAGCCCUCGAAGGAGAUGCAAGCCGCGAUGAAGGUGCUGAAUGACAGCCUGAAGAAGUCACCCAGCAGGAACAUCUCGCAUCAGCUGAAGAACGCGGCUAACAUCAUCCAGCAAGAGUGGUUCAAAAUAUCGAGUACGUCUAGUGCGAAUCCAUUAGAUGUCGAGGAUUACUUGGACUGCUUCGAGGAGUGCUCCGGCACGCUGCUGGAAUACAUUGUCAAUAUGACGGACACCAGCGGUAACACGGCGAUGCACUACGCGGUGUCUCACGGCAACUUCGACGUGGUGUCGAUACUGCUGGAUUCGAAAGUCUGCGACAUUAACAAAGCGAAUGUGGCUGGUUACACGGCUGUGAUGUUAGCCGCUCUGGCGGAGAUCAGGAAUUCCACUCACGCCUCCGUGGCCAACAGACUGUUCCAGCUUGCCGACGUCAACAUCCGGGCGAAAUUGCACGGACAAACCGCGCUGAUGUUGGCGGUCUCGCACGGGCGCAAGGAUAUGACGCAGCUGCUCCUGGAUGCUGGAGCAGCGGUGAAUAUCCAAGACGAGGACGGUAGCACCGCGCUCAUGUGCGCCGCGGAGCACGGUCACACCGACAUCGUGAGGCUGCUGCUCGCGCAUCCGGACUGCGACUCGUCCAUCGUCGACGUGGACGGCAGUUCGGCCCUGAAGAUCGCCCUGGAAGCGGGUAACCGCGACAUCGGCGUCUUACUCUACGCACACGAGCACGUGAAUCGCGGCACCAGCCCGUACUCGACCCUGAGGCGAAGCCGAAGAGGAUCGAAGCCGACGACGCCUACGGGGCCGUCUCCAUCGGCUCCGGUCAGCCCGGCGCCGACGCGACGCGUUCACACGUCCAGCGUAUCUCUGAACACAUCGAAAUAUUCCUCCAAAUAAUCCGCAAAUCCGAUUUACGGUCUCCUCCUCCUCCUCCUUCUCCUCUCAUCGCGAUGCUUUCUCUUCACGCACUGUUUCGAACGUAACAGCGCGAGAUCGUGAAGCGAGCAGCAGCGCAACCGGAAACCUGCAUUUAAAACCUGCGACUUUUUGUUCUUUUUUACCAUCUUUCCUUUUUAUACUCUUCUAUAAAUUAUGGUUAAUGUAUUCCUCGUGUCCGUCAUCGAGCGCACGCGGCGAUCGUACGUUGUAGUCCUCUUGCCUAACAACCGAUUCGCCACGACGGGACUGUUCGCAACUUAGGAAGACAAGAACGAGAUAUGCUCAAAGUUGUAUAUAUCUACUUCUUCAGGGUAACGUCGGAAAAUCUCGGUAGUUUAGUUCGUAGUACCUCUUAGUAACAGUUCUUACUAACAGUCCGUCGUUGUCAGACAUACGAAUCACACCUUUGUAACUUUUAUAUACAACGUUGAUUGCUUAGCACACACCCUUCGGGAAAGAUUUUCCCUUUCAGGCAGGAUGUGAGAGUACAAAAAGCGUUCAAACUACCCGUAAAAAAAACCCACGAGAUGGAACCCACAAUCGGUCGAACUUUUUGUGAUUUUUUUCUUUUUUUUUAAUUCCGUGGCGUUUCUACAUUCCAAUACAAUUCAAGCGAUCGACGAUCCGAUUAUUUUUUACGAAUACUUACAAAUGUAGUAAGUAAAACUUACACGGUGUAGCACACGUAGUAGACUUCAGGCCUAAUCACGCGAAUUACUCCUUGGGAUCAAUGUGUAUCGUACACCGAUGUGCGUAGAGAGACAUUUACGUAGCGACACGUGUAAUAAAUGUGUAUAAUGUCGUAGCAGCGCGAGAUACGACGGUUCUUAGCGUUCCCCGCGCGCGAGCAACAUCAAACGUACUUAUCAUUGUUCUGUGUUGAGAGAUAGAGAUGUUAGAUAGAGUCAUAUACAUUAUAGCGAGGCGAAUACUCGUGCGAGACACGCGUGUACGCGACACGUGUGUCGAGAGGGUUUAAAUGAUCGAGAAAAUUAUGUUUUUGAACUUGUUAACGGUUUUCAUAUCGAGAAUUUUAUUGUAUACACGUGAUAGUUAACACGAUGUUAAUGUAUAGGUUUACUCGGUCGAAUCUCGUGUCGUCGACGCGACAUCAGGAAUUGCGUCCGGUUUAUGUGAGAGACAGAAAAACAGGUGUAUUAAGCGUUUCUUUCUUCCUUCUUUUUUCUUUUCCUGUAAGGUUGUGAAUAUAGAUAUAGCUAUAAUUAAAUUAUUUAAGUUUCAGAGCGAUCAAAGAUCUACAUUAACGUUGUCUCUUAAUGUAAAGUGUCUCCGGGAGAUUGUCCCCGAUGAUUGUCGGCAUGAGACAAUUAUCUGUGUAACGUAGGCAACGUUGUAUGUACGUGUGAACAUACUGUAGGGAUUUAGAGAACAAGUAGCAAAGUACUUUUUAUUGUUUGUGCCUUUAUAUUUAACGUACGAUACUAUCGAUAAUAAACUGGAGAGAGAGAACACGAUUCUAAACACUCUUCGCAUCCACGAUCUAACUAAUAAUCCGUGUUACUAAAGAAAGUUGAAAAUAUAUCUUGAAAUAAACAUAUUCGAGUUGGUAAAUUGA